AUGCGCGUCUUUGGGGGAUGCAUGCGGCGCCCGCAGUGGCUGCUGCCGCCGCGCCACUGCCGCGGCUGCACCGCAGCGGCGGGCGUAGACAUCGCCACGCUCCUGCGCGUGGCGUCGUCGUCGUCGUCGUCGUCGUCGUCGUCAACGCCGCCGGCGCCCGCGUCGGGCGCAGCGAUGCGGAUGCGGGGGCGCGUAGAGGCGGUGCGCGUGCGCGGGCGGCUGGCGUUCAUCCACCUCCGCCAGCCUCCCGCGCACUCCAUCCAGGUGGUGGCCUCCGGCGCGGCCCUCGCGCGGCAGGUGAGGGACCUCGCCCCCGAGUCCAUCAUAGACGUGACCGGCGCACUUAUCCCUGCGGAGCGGCCGGUGACGUCCGUCAGCUGCUCGAACUACGAAAUCCACGCCGAGCGCGUGGAGGUGGUCAGCGCGGCGGCCACCCCGCUCCCGUUUCCCAUCCGCGACCGCCACACGAGGCUGGACACCCGCCUGAACCACCGCGUGGUGGACCUGCGCACCCCCCUGAUGGCGUCGGUGCUCCGCGUCGUCUCCGCAGCGUGCCAGGGCUUCCGUGACCAGCUGCUUGCCCGGGACUUUGUGGAGGUGCACACACCAAAGCUGCUCGGCACCGCCUCCGAGAGUGGAAGUGCGGUGUUCAUGCUUGACUACUUUGGCCAGCAGGGGUACCUGGCGCAGUCGCCGCAGCUUUACAAGCAGAUGGUGCUGAUGGGUGAUGCAAUGCGCGUGUUUGAGAUCGGCCCUGUCUUUCGGGCAGAGAAGAGUCUCACGCACCGCCACCUCACAGAGUUUGUUGGGCUGGACGCCGAAUUUGUCAUUGAGCGGUCGUACACGGAGGUGCUGGAUGUCCUGGAGUCGACGGUGUGCGGCAUGAUUGACUACCUUCAGGGCGACCACGCGGCGCUGGUGCGACGGGCGCGAGAGGCGCUGGCCGAAGUCGACGCCGCAGAGGUCAGUGCCGCCGCCCCGGCUCGGAGCGCAGGGAAAGAGGAGGCAUCGAUUGUGUGUGAGCUGUCGGCGGAGACCCUCGCGACACUUGGGGUUUCCACGCGCGACGCGGCAGAGGAGGCUCUGCUCGCAACCGACCGCUACCGCGGCCGCGUUGGCGCGGGCGCCGUUGCCACCCGGGGGCAGGGCCCGCGCCGGCCGAAAGUGCUGCGUCUCGCCUUUGACGACGCGGCGCGGCUGCUGCGCGAUCACGGCGUGGUGGAUCAGCCCACGGCCGACUUCACGCUUCCGCAGGAGCGGCGCCUCGGGGAGCUGGUGCGCCAGCGGUAUGGGGUGGACGUGUACGUCGUCGACCAGUUCCCGGCGGCGGCGCGGCCCUUCUACACGCUGCCGCACCCGCACAGGGCAGAGUUGACGUGCGGCUUCGACAUGUACCUCCGCGGCGAGGAGAUCUGCAGCGGGGCGCAGCGCAUUCACGACGUGGCGCUCUUGCGGCAGAACAUGGAGCGAUUUCAGGUGGACGUGGCGGGAGUGAAGGACUACGUGGAGGCCUUCCGCUACGGCGCCUGGCCGCACGGCGGCUUUGGGCUUGGCCUGGAGCGCAUUGUGCUUUUUCUGCUUGGCGCGAAGGACAUCCGCCAGAUCUCCCUCUUCCCACGGGAUCCAAAGCGUCUCACGCCGUAG